AUGGCAAGCUUCACUUCAGUUGUGUACGAUAAACCCUCUGGAACGGUGUCUUUUGCGGCCGGAUGCAAAUGGGAUGAAAUUUACGCUGGUCUAGAGCCGUACAACGUAAAUGUCGCUGGCGGCCGCGUGACCGGUGUUGGCGUCGGUCUUAUUCUCGGAGGCGGGUACAGCUGGAUCGCGGACCAAUACGGCCUAGGCAUUGACAAUGUCGUUUCCUUUGACCGAGUCUUGCCAAAUGGGACGUUUGUCACCGUCAGUGACACUAACCACCCAGAAAUUCUCUUCGGCCUGAAAGGAAGACUGAACAAUUUUGGAAUCGUAAGCGGAAUGACCAUGUAUGCUCGUCCCUUGGGUGCAGUCUGGGUUUGUUGGUUUAUCAUGCCCGACGGCUUCUUUCAAGCAAUAUCAGUGAUCUUAGGGUGGAAUGAUUACUUACGCUCCCUCCGACGAGAUCAUCUCCCAAGCUUUGACAGAUUUUAG